CCUUCCACCAUAUUGAGCAUUUCUCACCGCCUAGUCGACCAAAGUGUCAGUAAAAUCCUCUUGUGUAGCCUUCCUACGAUAAUAAAACCAAGUUAUGUCACGGGGCAGGGAUCCUUUGGCACUGAGCCAGGUAAUUGGUGAUGUGUUGGAUCCUUUCGUAAAGUCAGCUGCCAUGAGGAUUAAUUAUGGUGAGAAGGAGAUUACAAAUGGCACUGGGGUACGAUCAUCUGCUGUGCUCAAUGCACCACAGGUGGAGAUUGAAGGUCGUGACCGGACGAAGCUCUACACACUUGUUAUGGUGGAUCCUGACGCGCCAAGUCCAAGCAAACCGGAAUACAGGGAAUAUUUGCAUUGGUUGGUGACAGACAUCCCAGAGGCAACAGAUGUACGUUUUGGCAAUGAAAUAGUUCCCUAUGAAGCUCCACGGCCACCAGCCGGUAUUCAUCGGCUUGUUUUUGUGCUAUUCAAACAGGGAGCACGGCAGACAGUUUAUGCACCAGGAUGGCGGCAAAAUUUUAACAUCAGAGACUUCUCAGCAUUUUACAAUCUUGGACCACCAGUUGCUGCAUUAUUCUUCAACUGCCAAAAGGAGAGUGGUGUUGGUGGCAGAAGGUACGCACCGACGAAAGUUCAUGUUUUACUUAAAGGAUAGAUAUGAUAUAGGCAGUGACUGAGUUUCAAUGAAAAAUCAGGGGCCAAAAAGAACAUGAAGCUAAAAUUUAAUUGAGAAUAAAAGCAAAAGAAGGCAAAAACUAGGUGAAAGUAGGUUAAUUUGAUAGAGUUUAAGAAUCACAAAAAUAUAUGUGCAUAAAUAUAUAUAGGCAAUUCCUACAUAUAUAAUUAUUGAAGGAAAAAACUGGAGUAGCCCUGGCCCCAACAUAGAUCCGAACCUGAAGAUAGGCACAAUGUCACAUAGGAACCAGGGAGGGGUGGGGGUCUCUGGAUCCAUGAAAAAUAGAAUUCUUGACAAUGUACUCCAGUUGAGAAGUACUAGACUAGGACACAUAGUUAGCUCAUUAACAUAUAAUCUAAAGCAACCAUGGGGUUACUAAGGUGAUCUGGGAAACAGUUUCUGGAGAUUGCUGAAGUGCCAACAUCAACACAUAUAUUCAGAAAGGGGAAAUUUUGGAUCAGGCAAAUAUGCAUUUUUUUUCAUAAUAUAGUGAUUUCCAUAGAUUUAAUCAGGGUAUGACCUCUUUAUGUACGAAAUAAUAUUAAUAUUUUCAUCCCUUUAACGAUGAACAAUUUAUUCUUACUAACUACCUUACAAUACUUCGAUUUCAAGAAAGAAGUGAUAUGGUAGAACAAUACAAAGAAGGUUAGGAUGUUCUCCUCUCUUGAUAUAUACACAAGAAUGAGCCACGUAGAAACUCAAAAACAGUGGCGACAAAAGAAUACCAUCCCUUUAUCUUCAAAACACCAUCCCUAUUUAAUAUGGGGAAAAAAGGCAUGUUAUUUCUAGGACAAUAGCAUUUCAUUACCAGUUCUAAAC